AUGUCUGACAUAGAUGCUAAUAUACUAAGAAAAAUUCUGAAAAUCUUAGAGGAUCCUAAGUACCCGUCAAUUGCACCGCAUCUUUACUUAAUGACUCUGACAGGCUUAUGGCAUCCGAUUCGAUCUAUUGGCGCAAUUAUUAAGCGAGCCCUUUUUUACAUCACAGUUGCUCUUUUAUUCAGCCAAUAUGUCAGAAUUAUUAUUAAAUUUGAUAAUUACUCGUUAAACAUCCUCCUACGCUAUGCCCCGUUUCACAUCGGUGUAAUAAAGGCAGCUCACUUCCUCAAAAACUACAAUCUUUGGGAAGAUUUCAUCACUUACAUUGGUACUCUUGAGCAAAAACAAUUGUCUGGAAAGGACCCCGUAGUAAAUAAACUCGUCAAUAAUUAUAUAAAUUAUAACCGCUAUGUAACAUACCUUUUCUGGACUAUGUCAUUAGUCAUGUGCAAUUGGUUAAUAUCUGAAUUUUAUCGGGACUCAGAAAAGGAGCCAAACGUAGACAAAUUUGUUAUGUUCGAUGUCUACGCACCUUUUAGCGAGCAACUUUACGCUUAUGGAGCUCUUCAAAACCUGAUGGCUUACUUAACAGGUUGUUAUAUAGUAGGAUGGGAUACACUCGUCGUGGCUGUAAUUAUAUUUUUCAACGGUCAGCUGAAAAUUGCAAAACACUACAGCACCAAUCUAAUUGAUGGUAAAAACAGCGAAGUUAGUCAUAAAAAUAUUGCCGAUUUUCAUCAACAUUAUAUCACGCUAAUCAAGUAUCAAAAAAUAUUUAAUGCUCUCAUAUCGCCAAUAAUGUUUACAUAUCUUGUCAACGUAUCUGUGAAUCUUGGAUUUAGUAUUAUAGAAAUUUUUCAGGUAAUAUGGGAAUUUGAUAAAGAUAAAGUCAUUCUCAACUUUAUGUAUUUAAUAGCGUGCUUUAUUCAAUUGCUGUUUUUCUAUUGGCACACAAAUGAAGUCACGGUUCAGAGUUUAAAUGUAAGCUACGGUGUUUUCGAAAGUGACUGGACGGCAGCAGAUCAUAAAGUCCAAAAGGAAGUAGCCCUGAUAUGUGUAUUGACUUCUAAAAGGUUAAUCUUCAAGGCCGGGCCUUACUAUGAAAUGACUUUAAGCACGUUUGUUUCGAUCAUCAAAGGGACCUACAGUUUUUACACUUUGCUAAGUAAAACUAACUAAGCACACAAGUAGCGAUUUAUUAUGCAAUAAUACACACAUGUAAAACUUAUAGCAC